ACUUGCUUGCUCAAGAACUGAGCUGUUCGAACAUCAAGCCCUUUUUACGGACAUACAGAGCAUCCCGAGCCAUGCUUCCACCUUCAUGAUAGAGCUUCCUCUGCUUAGACGAGCAUAAACCACCAUCAGCCACCCAUAUCCCACCUUUUCAAACCCCCUGCGCACGGAGCCGCAGGAUGACCGCCCUAUCUCCACCAACCUCCCCGACAACGCCCUCGCGAAAGCGCAGGUCGCUGCGACUUUCCAAUGUCGAAAUACAGUCCCAAGACGCAACCUCCCCAAGUCCCUACACCAGCGGGACCACCAAUGGCACGGCGUACUCGAGGAGAUCAUCGCGGACAUCGCAGACCUCUUACCAGCCUCGGUCUCCGGUGACACCUCGCCCCAUGUCCUCCAAGUCGUCCAGACCUCCCUCGUUCUCCCAGCAGCGCAGACCGAGUCGGACAAGUAUCAAUAGCAACAGGAGUAUAGAACAAUACGGUGACAGUAACGGGUUGGGGAACUUGGCCGACGAGCUGGAGCAGGCCUGGGACGACGAAGAGGACGCCGAAGGUCACUCCAACUUCCUCGAGGGUUUACGAGAAGGCGAGGUCGACCAAGACUCUUCGAUGAUGCGCGACCUACGAAGCCCCUACGAGGUGAACGACAUGCACGAUUUUGGGUUCGGGAUGGUCGUCCAGAGCCCGCACGGGCAGUCUCCCACAUUGCGCGUUCCGCAGCCUCAACGGAAUUCGCAACCUCAGGAGAACAAAAAGUCAGGACACCAGAGACAAGAAUCUGCCUACGACGGCUCAGACUAUGGGCCUGAUUCAGAGGCGGACCAGGAAGAGGACGCUUUUCCACCGAUACUACGCAAACGAAUCCGCGACAUCGAGAACCUCACACGCAUGUGCGUCAACCCCGAGGACGCUGUCAGCGAAGGUGGUGGCACUGUCCGACGAGUCAUUCAUGGCUUGAAGGAUCUCGGGCCGCAGGCAAACAUUGAGUACGGCGUCACACGACUGAUCACGGCAUAUACGUCGAUGGCGUCUCACCGGACACACAAGACUCGAGAUUUGUUCUCCCAGUCGCACUCCCUGAUGUAUGGAGGAACUCUAUGGCAGCUACCCGAGGAGAUGAUUGACUUACUCCUUGACGAUGUUACGAGCUUGUCCUCGACGCUCCCUUUCCUCCGCCCACAAAACCCACUGCUCUCCCUCCAAAUCCUGGCAUCGCAAACCGAUGAACUCACGCAUACUCUCCGCUCCUUGACCGACCUGCUCCAAGAGUCCCGUCUCGCUGCCAGUGCCGCAACGAGAAAGCUCAAGUCGGUCCGUGACAUGGUGGAGGACAUGUCGCUGGAGGAAGAGCUGGUGGGGAACAGCAUCCUAUUGAUCCAGGCAGGGGACUGGGAUCGGAGAUGUCGGGAGCGGCAGGCGGCGCGAACGUGCCAGGAGGUCUGCGAGGGGUUUGCGGACCGAUGGGGUCUGCAAUGUGAUGUGGAUUUAAUAUCGCUUGCUGAAGGCAGGAAGCAGCCUGCCCCAGUAUUGGUGUCUGGAUAAUGCAAAACGAAUUGGGAGAUUUGGUUCUUGAAGCGCGGAGUCCGGGGAAGUUUUGGCAAGGCAACCACAUGGGCAUGAUGGGACCAUGGGGUCAAAGAAGAUUGUUGAUGAGUACCCUGGUUAGAACGAUACAUUGGGAUGGAGAUUGAUCCAUAUGCUUUAAUGAGAGACAGGAGCGGGCGCUGGAAUAAUGAGAGACGGUAGAUUGGCCACGAAAACAAUAUACAGAGUCGACACUCGAGUCUGAAUCCCAAACUAGUGGCAUGGUCUGGAUGGUUGAGAAUGGGCUCAGAGGUCACAAUGCAUUUGUAAAAGAUAUCCUGUUUACCUUUGG